AUGCCUGAAUUGAAGCCGGGGUGUGCUACCAAUGCUGGGGGCGCCCUGGUGAAUCGUCCGAUACCGGACUCGAGUGUUUCCCGCAAGCGAGAACUCAAUGCGGCAAGCUGCGGCCCGCGGUGGACGGGGCAGGGGGAAGACGGCCGCUCCCCUCGCCUCAGCGCCCGGGGCCCAGAGACUCCGAUUACCCGCUCCCCCCCCUCAGGACCGGCGGGGGUGAUCCCGGUCCAAUUCUUCCAGGCAGCAGGGCUUAAGCGCAAGCUGACAGCAGAACAUACAGGGCAGCCCCAUGCUACACGGGCACUUACAAUGGCGGACACCACGUGCAUUCAAAACUGCCACACGGACAAGCACAGCAUUAUGGACAAACUCAAAGCCAUACUUGACGCCUUCUGGGCACGAAUAGCGAGCAAGGAGCGACACACUAAAGUGUGUAAACCCAUCAAAAGACCCGCACAUACCCACCGCAACCGCAUAGGCCCCCACCUGAUGGGACCUAAAAGUUGGCGCCAAAGACGGAGAUCCCACCUGCUUAAACACAAACAGGCAAGAUCAAGCCACACUGUGACCCUGGCCCGAAUUGGCCCACAAGCUCACCCCAGACCCUGCAUGAAGCGGAGACCCGAACAGCAACCAAUAGCAAGCAAGCUUCACUCACAGCUCCGAUCCUACCCGACGCCAUGGAGAGCUCCAAAGCACCAAACGGAGAAUACACUUACCCGCAACGUCCAUGCCGGUUCCUGCGGUGACGAGCAGAUGAGACAGCAAUUGGAACACACAGCGCUGCUCAUGACAGAGCCUCAGCAGGACUUUCAAACGAUCCCAACACCCUUCAAUGCGCUGGGUAUCGGCUGA